AUGCGAUUAUUUGUUCAAGUACUCGACGACUCGACCGAUGAACGAGCUAUAGCACUUGUUGAUCAGUGCGUCGAUAAGUGGAGCCGAAAGAGCAUACAAAUUGACACCAUUCGUCGUCCUAUUCGGGAGGGAUUCAAAGCGGAUAGUAUGCAACAUGGCAUGACCUUUAUGCCGAAUGCUGCUUACAUUGCCAUAUUUGAUGCUGACUUUUUACCAACAGCUGACUUUCUCUUACAAACAGUACCAACAUUGAUACAAGAUCCACUUGUGGCUUUCGUUCAAGCACGGUGGACAUUUACCAAUGCCAAAGAGUCCUUCUUGACACGUAUGCAAGAGAUCUGGCUCAAUUUUCAUCAUAAAUGCGAACAAGAAGGUAGUUAUCGAGUAUCGGUCUUCUUCGGUUUCAAUGGUACGGGUGGAGUUUGGCGUACAUCGGCCAUCGAGCAAUGUGGUGGUUGGCAAUGCGAUACACUUGUCGAAGACUGGGAUCUCUCUCUUCGAACCCAUCUAAAUGGUUGGCAUUCAGCCUAUAUGAACAAUGUCGGAUGUCUAAACGAAAUAUCACCGACGUUCGCUGCCUUUUACUCCCAACAAUACCGAUGGACUUGUGGUCCGAUGCAGGUUCCUAUUUCGCCUCCUAUACGAUCUUUUUCAAUAUCUGGCGCUUCUAUUAUUACUGCCAAUGACUAUCGUGUUACAAAUGGCAAACGCUACAUAUUUCCUCUUUAUGGUGUUGACGGUGCUUCCCAUGUUACGCGUUGUGGCAUUCACACCAAACGAAAUCCAUAUGAUUCUACUCUAUAUCCUUUUUAUGAAUGGUGUGUCUCUACAUAA